AUGGAGUAUAAGAAUGUCUCCUCUAUCCGAGAGUUCAUCCUACUUGGACUCUCCAGCCAUCGGAAGACACAAAUUCUGCUUUUUGCAGUAAUUCUUAGUAUCUAUUCACUUAGCAUUGUUGGGAAUCUGGCUAUCAUUCUACUGGUGCAGAUGGACUCCUGCCUCCACACACCUAUGUACUUCUUUCUCAAGCAUCUUGCUGGCCUGGAGAUCUGUUAUGUCACCACCACAUUGCCACAAGCACUGUUUAAUCUUUUGACAGGGCAUGGAAGCAUCUCCUUCAUUGGUUGUGCAAUCCAGAUGCAUAUGAUCUUGACACUUGGAGGUACAGAAUGUGUUUUGCUAGGUGCCAUGGCUUAUGACCGCUACUUAGCUAUUUGCCAUCCCCUGCUAUACGUUCUUCUCAUGAGCAGGUGGCACCAGUUGCUGCUCACCACCAUCUCCUGGUCCGUUGGCAUUCUUCUUGCAACCAUCAAUGUAAGCUGUACAUUCCACCAUCUCUUUUGUGGCCCCAACUACAUCAACCACUUUGUCUGUGAACUGCCUGUGGUGUUGAAGCUUGCAUGUACAGACACACAUAUCACAGAGUUUGUGGUGUUUACAACAGCUGCUCUGAUCCUCCUUGGACCUCUCUCUAUUAUUCUGACCUCAUAUGGGCUCAUUCUGGCCAAUGUAUUGAAAAUGCAAUCAACUGCUGGCCGGCACAAGGCCUUCUCUACAUGUACUUCUCAUUUGACAGUGGUUAUUGUGUUUUAUGGCACCGUAAUUGCUAUGUACAUGAGGCCUGGCUUAGGCACAGCUUCUGAUUUUGACAAGAAAAUUGCUGUCUUCUACAUGGUAGUCACCCCACUGCUCAAUCCCAUCAUUUAUACCCUACGGAACAAAGAUGUCCAUGGGGCAGCAGCCAAAGUGCUGUUCAGACAGACUGUUGGGAAAAGGCAAUGA